AUGUCGCGCUUCGGAGCGAAAAAGGGCAAUCGCGCGCCUGGCGCUGAAUUCACUUGGGAUACGGAUCCCGGGGGCGUGCCGGACACUGCUCCUACUCCCUUAUAUCCAGCAUAUGUUGUCCCGCCCGCGCGCAAGCUCUCCGAGAAAGAGCAAAGCGAGGUGGACUACUACCGACACCUUCGCGAAAGGUUCCACGAGGGACCUUACUACUCUGUGCUCGAUACCUCUUCCUCCUCGGCCAAGAAGGGUAGCGCGGCACGAACCAACUUCGAUCCAUUCCACGGCAUGCCUUCUUACUCCGGACGAUACCAGAAGAAGAGGAGAACGCUUCCUAAGGUCGCCAACAUUGGUCGCGAAUAUGAAACACGAUACUUCCCUCGAGAGCUCUGGCAGACCAUGAUGCCCAACUUCCGCCCUAACGCCUCCGUCGACGGUUACAGCGUCCAGACUGCUGCGAUCGGAUUCAAACGUGGUUUUGAAGAUGACGACGAUGAGGAGGACGAAGCAACAAAGCGACGCGCUACUGGGGCAGAUGAAGAUGACGGAGAAGGAGAUGCCGACGAAGGCGAACUGCUCGAUGGCGAUGAGGAGGCCGAGGAAGAAAUUGUGGAUGACGAUUUCGAAGAUGACGAAGAUGAUAUGGGUGGCGACUACAAUGCAGAACAGUACUUCGAUGGUGGUGACGACGAAUUCGGGGACGAUGGCUUCGGUGAUGGUGGAGGCGGCGGUGAUGAGGAUACCUACUGA